CACUUCACAAAGUUGUGGAGGAAUCAAAGAGGAAGGGGGAACAGCAGAGAGGUAGGGACAUCUUAUUUUAUUUAUUUCACUGAAGACAAGCUGUGGUUUUGAUUUAUGCAAAUACCUAUUGUCAGGGUUUUUCACAGUGGAAAGUAUUACUGCUGAAGAACUUCUCUGCUUACUGGUGAGCUAUUGCUUAAGUAGCACUUGAUGUAAGUUGCACAACCAAAGUCCAACAUUAAUGCAUUUCUGCAAUGGCUUUUAAAGCAUUCACACAAACACAUGUCUGUGAAAGGCAAGAGGCCCCAAAAGAAAAGGACAAAUCCAGCAUCCAGUGCCUUGAGUGCUAUGAUCGAAAUGUGUAUAUAGGGACCAAACAUGCAACAGUCCAGCACCUCAUCCUACCAAGCAGCACAAGUGGAGACCUGAGCUCAUGCCAGAGCAAAACCAGAGAAGGCAGAGCAAGAAAACUAGGCUCAAGCAACCCAGUGCUCCAACUGAGGGCAGUCCCACUUUUCAACCAUCUGUUGGUCCUGUGGGACCGGAGCAUUACAGCCCUCAACAUGUUCUCCUUAGAGCCUGUUCCUGCCCUGAAGAAAAUCCAGCACGUGUCUUUGUUUGAGGUGUGCGACUCGUCGCUCACAGCUCAGGCAGGAUGUGUGGAGAUGGUGACUUCCUCCAGCCGCAGGAAGGUGGUCCGGAUCCACGUGGUGGGAGUGGACAGGUGGGAGGUCGUGAAGGAAGUCCCUCUGCCUCAGGAUCCCGUGGCCUUGGCGGUGGAUGGCACCAGUCUGUGUGUAGCUACUGGCGAUAGGUAUCUCCUCUGUGACAUCGAGAGUGGGAGCAGUCAGGAGCUUUUUCCUCACAAUCACAACAGACAGCGUGUCAUUGUGACCUCAGCGGGACAAGGGGAAUUCCUCCUGAACGGACCUGAAUCUUUGGGCAUGUUUGUGAUGAAGACAGGGAUAUGCCAGCGCCCCCCCCUACAGUGGCCUCUGGAGGUGCUGGCAGCCGGAGUAUGUUUCCCUUACAUCCUAACCCUGCAGCCCCAAGUGCUGUCUGUCUACAGCAUGUUAGAUCAGCAGCGCAAACAGACUGUGAGUCUCCCAGGUGCAAAGGGUCUACUCUCCACACCAGAUGGUGUGUUAGUGUUCACAGAGAGAGACAUUUUCAGCCUGCGCCUGGUGCCACUCGAAGAACAGAUCCAGGCACUCGUAAGACAUAAGAGGAUCGAGGAGGCAUUGUUGCUGCUGGAUGGAGUUCAAAGCAGUCGGCCACUUGACUCAUACAAGGAUCUGCAGAAGGCCAUCACUUGCCUGGCUGGAUUUGUUCAUUUUUACCAGAGGGGUUUUUCAGAGGCCAGAGAUCUAUUCAUUAAAGGUGAGUUGGACCCCAGAGAAAUCAUCCACCUCUACCCUGAUAUGCAGUCGUGUCUCGGUGAGGACUUUCAGUCCCGGUUUGAUCAUGAGAACAAGGGCAGGGAUCUUCAGGUGCUCUGGCGAGAGGACAGAAACACAUUUCAUCAUUACUUGGCCUUCCUGGGAGAUUUUCUCAGAGCGGUCAGGGGGACAGAGCAAGACCUGAAGUGCACUACGGAGGUGGACUGCGCCCUCCUGAGGCUGUACGCAGAAUUGGGAGACACUGAAAAUCUGCAGCAGCUGUUGACAUUUCCCAAUGACUGCAGGCUGGAUCAUUGUGUUCCUGUUCUGGAGCAGCACAACAGAUUUUUUGCUUUAGGUUGCCUCUAUCAAAGCCACGGGAAGCAAAUUGAUGCAAUAAAGACGUGGGUGAAGAUUGCAGAUGGCUCCCACAAUGACCCCUCAUGCUCAGAUGUAUAUGGCCACAUAGUGCGGACUCUCAGUCAGCUGAAAGACAGAGACACUGUGUGGAAAUUUGCAGACUGGACCCUGCAAAGAAACCAAGAGAUAGGUGUGCAGAUUUUCAGCAAUCGUCCACCGGAUGAUCGACUGGAGACACAAGACGUCCUUGUUUUCUUGGAGAAGUUCCCACUGGCACUGGUUUUGUACCUUGAGUUCUUAAUCUAUGAUUUGAGCAGUGAGGAGGAGAGACAUCACAACCGUCUGGCCUUGGCAUAUGUUACUCAGAUGCUGAAAGAGGAAAAGGGAGCAGAUUUGAUGCUGACCAGAGGGAAGCUGCAACAGCUGCUCUGGGAUUCCAAAUUCUAUGACGUCUCUGCUGUAUAUGAGAGAGUCAAGUCAACAACCCUGCACACAGAGAAAGCCAUUCUCCUGGGUAAGACCGGGGAACACUCCCAGGCUCUGCAGGUGCUCGUUCACCAGGAGCGAGACCUCAGAACCGCUGAGGCGUACUGCUACAGGGCUGCCAAGGGCCAGGACACUGAGUUCAGACAGUCCCUGCUGCUCACCCUGCUCCAAAUCUACCUGAGCUCGGAGGAUCUCACCAGCACUGCAGUAGAUCUGCUCAACAGCAACCCUUUCUUUGCGGCAGAGAAGGUCAUCCAGCUCCUGCCUGACUCCUGGUCUGUUCAACUAGUCUCCCAGUUCUUAGUCAGAUCCAUCAGGGAGACCUUGCACCAGAGGCGGAUGGCGAGGUUACAAAAGGCGCUGGUCCAAGCAGAGCUCAUGCAGCACAAGGUCACUUGGAUGCAGGCCUCAAAGACUAAGUUCGUCCUGGACAAGGAACAGAAGUGUAAGGUUUGUCAGAGAGACCUUGCAGAGCCACAGUUUGCCUGUAACCUGCUUGGUGAGCUGAUGCACACCAGCUGCACUGGCUUCUCAGCAUCGUAAAGACACUGAUAGACCAGUCUGUUGCCUGUUCAUGCGCAUAUGUGUGUCUCUGCACUUUUUUUUUUAAUUUCUAGCCGGAUAAGUGUCUGCUUCCUACCCAAUAAUUUAUCUAGAUCAGACUGUAUCAUCUAGGCAAACUCUCUACAAGGAUUCAAUUCAUGGACCUCGGACCAGACACGUUCCCUAAUUAGAAAAAAAAAAGAAAAUACAUUGUGUAAAUAACUGGUUUCAAAAUGUAAAAGAGCAUGCAGUGCACUUUUUCAGGGCGGCACGUCUGAGCCAUUUCCUACAGACACUGUAGACAGCAGUAGCUAUAAAAUGAAUUGUGGAGGACACAUAUAUUCACUGAUCAGACAGUGGUGUUUUACAUGGAAACCACCUGUGGUCACCCUGAUGACCAGAAGGGAAUUUGACCAUCCUCCAUUGCUGUAUAUAUGCAUCCCCGCCAUCAUGGUUUCCACAGACUGUGUAUAUUUGUCUGCAUAGAGCUGGAAAUAGAAAGUCAACAAGCUGCACGUGAGGGACUUUUUUUUAUUCAGCCUGUGCAUUAAUAUACAUUUAUGACCAAAAAGAAAAAUAAAAUUAAAAUUAAAAGUACUGGUUUAAAAAUGAAAAGCAAACAGGUCGAGGAAGUGCAGAGUUUUGGGUCAUUUCUGUUAUAAACUAAUUUUACAAGCGACCAAAUGACAUGUCUGUGCUUUGUAUGGAAUAUGAAAUCAGAGGCAGUUUUUACCAACAUUAUCCCUAUAUCAUUAAGGAACAUCACAGAUGUGUAUUCCAAAUAAUAACACACAAACUCCAGUGCGUCCGCAUGUACAGUGUGGAAACCUUGUAAAUAAACUUAAACACAUAUCAUUAAGUCGGACGACACUGGACUGAAGAUGCAUUUGUCUAUUCCUGUCACAAUUUAGUCAUUAAGGCUAACCAUAACUGCGAGUAUUUCUUUAUCCUGAUGCAUUUUGGGACAAGAGUUGAGGAGACGCCUGAGGGGGCUGGAACAGUGACUUGGCUGGACUGCUUGUAGGGUUUUGGCCUGGGGUGAGUGACUAAUUGCAGCGUAGAUAAAUACUGAAUUAUGGGUGUGUUGGAAGGGAUUAUCUCUUUGUGAUGACCCUGCCAAGAGUUCUUCCAUUUUUCCCUCCUAAUGAGGUUUUUGCAGGAAGUUUGUCAUUGUUCCCACUGAAGGUCUAAGGCAGUUGAGAGUUGUGUUCAUUUAAUGUUUCACAGUGUGUGUUAUGAAGCCUUUUGAGAGCGUAACUAGGAAUAAGGGCUUGAAUAAGGCCACACUCGACUUGAUAGUUCUCACUUUGAGUGUAUAAAUUUAGCCUCAGAGUUGUAUAAAUAAACCUUGAAAACCUCAAAAAAACAUUUUUAGCUUUUUUCCUUUAUGUGGUUGCAGGAAAAUUGCCACGUCCACUCCUCUGUAUCAGCUCCUUGUAAUUUUGAUAAUCUAGGCAUUUAAUUUCAAUCUACUGCUCAGUCAUUGUAAGUUCUCCUGAAUAAACAGCUGAAGGUUAUCAGAGCAAAGAAAAGCAAAGCAUCAAUUCCUUUUUUAACUUGUUUUGAGAUGUGAGGGGAGCCUCUCACAGUUUAUAUGGACUGACUAUGAGGGCUGCCGCUCCCUGACUGGCUGAGCUUUGGGCUGUGCCCGAUGACCAGUGACCACUGGGUGGACCUGGGUGGACCAAGAUUACGUCCACUCCCUCCAUCUCUCGGACAUCCUCAGGGAACAUUAAUGUUGUUUUGAACACUUGAGGUUAUGCUGCGCCUCAAAAAUGUUUUUCUCAUCUUUGAUGUUGACCAACAACCAUAAGUAACCAAAAGGUAAAAAUAAGCAGACAAGUACAAAUACACCUUCUCCUGCCUAAAUUAAGACACCAAAUAACCAUUUGGGGCAUUUAAAUGAUGAAUUUUACUUUUCUCAUCUGGUGCAUUAAGAUGCCUCUCUCAUUGAGUAUAAUAAGGCAGAAAUUAGUAGUUUGUGUUGAUCUGAAUGUCAAGUGCCUGAGCAGGCUUGGACUCUGGAUGACUAUGGGGUGCCCUGAGGUGCUCUGGGGUGCUGGCCAGAUGGUCAUUUCACACAUGAGUGGAAUAGAUUGGAUGCAAAAAUCAACAGUUAUGGAGGAAAGUAUGGUGGGUAUCCAGACAUUGGUCUCCCAUUAUAAAUAUCCACCCAGCCACAGAGUCAGUGCUAGGAGGGAAAACAAGAACAUUUUCUUCUUGUGCUUUUCUAAAUUUAAAGAAAAAAAUGUCUGCCGUCUGGACUGUAGGAUGUAAUUGUUUACAUGUUAACAUAUAAUAGUUUUGUAUGGGAUGUAAAAGAAGCAUUUAGGGCCUUUUUGCCUAUACAGCAUAUAUUGAAAUGGAUUAAUCUCUCCUCAUCGUUUUAUUAGUUUUACACUUAAUGAUGUUUCCUAAUUUUAUGAGAACUGCUUAUAAUUGUGAAUUUGAACAGAUGACCUGUUUCAUAGGUCUGCUGCAAGAAAACGGUGCAUUACUUCUGUUUAGAGUCUCAGUGCGUGUCCUUGGGGGUGUGGCUCAGUAAUCAGCACCAGAAUAAUCAGCACACCUGCUCAUCGUUACUCAUCAGCCAUAGCACUGCACCCUCUCAUCGGCACACUGUUUUGCCAGUAAGGGAAACUCUGUUUCUCGUGAAUUUUCGGAGAAUUUAUUCUCUCUCUCUCUCGUGUGCUGGAACAACCUGUGUGUUUCCUGCGCAUCUGAAUCUCUGGUGUUUGCUCUGCUUGCCUCACCACUCAUCUGCAAAAACACCAUAUAAGUAGUAUAUAUAUAUAUAUAUAUAUAUAUAUAUAUAUAUUUCCACUCUUUGGCAACAACUCUAAAAAAAAGACCAUGACGAAAAUGCUGCCUCAGGAUUAUGAAAACUGCAGCAGGUACCUCACUAAAUAAAGCCUAUGGGAAAAAUGAAUACACAAUACUUCUCUGUGCAUCGUGCAUCAUAUUUAUAGUCAAAGCCACAAAUUA